AUGGUGCAGGCAUUCGUUCGGGACUGGCGAGCGACGACAACCCUCACGAUGGCCGUUGAUGUCAUGGUGUACCUCAAGGAGGUGUUCGUGCUUGAGUAUGAACGAGGAAAACAAAAAGCAGUACGACGCAACGCUGCGGGGUGUUCAACGUUUCUUAAAAUAACAGGAUACAAGCGCGGGAAGCGAACGACGUCAACGUACCACUCGUCGACCAAGAACGUCAUUGUACGCGACCCAUACAUGCAGCAGAUGCAACAACACAUUCGGUCUACUCAUCGCCCGUACAUUUUGUACACUGACGAGUCCUACAUCCACCAGAAAAGCACAAGGGCAGCCGCUACUGCUCUCACCGCUGCCAUCUUGGACUCCCCGACGUUGCAGAGCAAAGUGUUGGUGCUCGACAUCUUCACGGGUGGAACGACCGCAGCUAAAGCCCCCAAGGACUACCACUCCAUGUUCAACCACGUGUACUACGUCAAGUGGCUCGAAGGGUUGCUUGAUGAGCUAGACGGGGAAGGCGUCUCCAACGCCUUCAUUGUAAUGGACAACGCCAAGAAUCACAAGAGACGACCUACAAACUCACCAUCCUGUGGGCGACAAAGGAUGUGUUGUUGCAAGCGUGCGCGCUUUAUGAUAUCGAAGCGGAUGUGUCGGAACAGCUCGCAUUGCUCUUACGUGCGGCCAGUGGUGGUGGACAUGUCCACGAGGCGCGGCCACACCGUUGUGUUCACUUUGCCUCACCAUUCAGAUUUGCAGCCCAUAGAAACAGUGUGGGCGAUUGUCAAAAAUGCCAUCGGACGGCAGUACACGGAGAUGACCAAGUUUCCCGAGGUGAAAGCGCGACUCAUUGACGCAUUUGACAACUUGACGCAAUGA